AUUAGGAGAGGCCGGGCCUGAUGUGGGUGUCGGAUUUCACUCGCGGAGGUGCGGUGUAUCCACACAGCGUCCAGUCCAUGCAGCAUUGGAUGCUGAGGUGACCGUUAUACGGAGGUGCGCCUUACUAUCAAGACACUAAGGAGAUCGUGAGAUAUUCUGAUCCCGUUUGGUGAAUGGAAUAGUGAAUGCGGACCCGCUCACACCUGAGGGCUAGGCUACUAUUUGCCGGUGAAAAGCAAGGAGUAUCUGCAUGACAAUUCAAUCUCUUUCCCAUGGAUUUAAUGCUGGUGUAUUAACCUUAAACUAAAAACGAUCCGUUUGCGACUGGGAACGGGCUGGAUACAUCUGCAUACAAAUUGGAUUUGAGUGAAACAACGGAUGCUCACAGACAGCGGCGAAGCUCGUUCAGAUGAAUGUGUGAAGAAACCUUGGCAGGAUGACUCUGUUUAAUGGCUUUGGGAAAAACACAUGUGGACAGUUCCGGAUGUGGGUAUUCUGGAGGCUAAGGAUGCUUUUGGUGCUUUGCGUAGUAGUGGAACUAUUAACAGUAAUGGUUGGCGGUGAGGGCACACCGGGUAUUUUGGAGCUUCAGUUAGAUGAGGAGCAACCUGCAGGGACAAUAGUGGGCGACAUUAGUGCUGGUUUGCUACCUGGAGUUACAGCCUCUCUAUACUUUAUCUCUGAUCACGAAGGGACCGGCAUCAGCAGUGAUCUCCACAUCGAUGAAACCACAGGCAUCAUCAAGACUGCAAGGCGACUGGACAGAGAAGAAAGGGACCAUUACAGUUUUAUAGCAGUCACUAUGACAGGUUUCACAGUCAAGGUCUCCAUCACUGUAAAUGAUAUCAACGACCAUGCCCCGGCAUUCCCCAAGAAGAAAGCCACUUUGAAGAUCCCAGAGCAAACGGCAGUGGGAACUAAGUUUUCUCUUGAGCCCGCCACUGAUGCGGAUAAGGAUCAGCUUACCGUACAAGGAUAUCAGAUCAAAGAAGGCAAUGUAGGACAAGUGUUUCGUCUCGAGACCAAAAGAGCAGCAAACAAAGUCCUUUACCUUGACUUGGUGGUCAAUGGAGUCUUGGACCGAGAGAAGAGAUCCUCCUACUCCUUGGUGGUGGAGGCCUUUGAUGGUGGAGCUCCAAGAAAAACUGGUCAAAUGACUCUUGACGUCCUAGUGCAGGAUAUCAAUGACCAUGCUCCGAUUUUCAACCAGAGUCGCUACAAUGCCAUCAUCUCUGAGAGCCUUCCUCAGGGCAGCAACAUCCUGCAAGUUUUUGCAACAGAUGCUGAUGAAGGAGACAACGGCCUUGUGUUGUACGAGAUAAACCGACGACAGAGUGACCCGGACCGCUACUUCGUCAUCGACCCUCGCUCUGGAAUCAUUACGCUCAAUAAGCUUUUGGACUAUGAGAUGAGGAAGGUUCACGAGUUGGUAGUCCAAGCCAGAGAUAACGCAAGCCACCCAGAGAUCACCAAUGCCUUCGUUACCAUCCACGUGCGGGACUACAAUGAUAACCAGCCAACCAUGACCAUCAUCUUUCUUAGUGAAGACGGCUCGCCACAAAUAUCCGAAGGUGCUCAGCCGGGCCAGUACGUUGCAAGAAUCUCCGUCUCUGACCCUGAUUACGGCGAGUACUCCAAUGUCAAUGUGUCUCUUGAAGGAGGUGAUGGGAAAUUCGCCCUGACCACUAAAGACAGUAUCAUCUACCUCAUCUACGUAGACCAGACUCUAGAUCGGGAAGAAAGGGAUUCUUAUGAGCUUCGUGUCAUGGCUACUGAUUCAGGAACCCCACCGCUUCGUGCAGAGUCCUCGUUUACGAUUCACGUCACCGAUGUAAACGACAACCCGCCUCUCUUUGAUCAACAGGCAUACAAGCAGACCAUUCCAGAAGUUGUCUACCCAGGUAGCUUUGUUUUGCAAGUGACCGCCAGGGACAAAGACCAAGGUCCCAAUGGUGAUGUCCGCUACAGCAUCCUACCAGACAAGAAAACUCACGCCAGCUGGUUCACCAUUGACCCAGUCACAGGUAUCAUAACCACUGCAACCAAGCUGGAUUACGAGACGGACCCAAAGCCAAAAAUCAAAGUAGUGGCCACUGAUGGAGGACGACCACCGUUAUCCUCCACUGCUCUGGUAGAAAUAGACCUCCAGGAUAGUAACGAUAAUGAGCCAGUGUUUGGAAGCAGCUUCUACAAUGUUUCAAUCAAGGAGAACACAUCUGCAGGGACCUGCUUCCUUGAGGUAAAAGCAGACGAUGCAGACGGAGGGUCAUUUGGGGCCAUUACGUACUCGAUUGGAUCUGGACCCGCUGGCGUCCCACCAAGCCAGUUCACCAUCAAUAAGGAGACGGGACAGAUCUGCACCAGUGUGGCUCUGGAUCGAGACGAGGGAUUGGAUAGUUUCGACUUCACUGUCACUGCAACGGAUGGGGGAGGCCUUACAUCCUCCGCCUAUGUGAAGGUGUCACUGGUGGACAUUAAUGACAACAGACCUACAUUCUACCCGGUGAACUACGCCGUCAGUUUGAGCACACAGAGCACGCCCGGGACCUCUGUUGUCAGGGUAACAGCCCACGACCCAGAUGCUGGUGCAAAUGGUAAAGUGACAUAUCACACUGUCCCUGAUGGAGGAUCCAACUUCUUCACCCUCAACAAGGACACAGGUGUGAUCUCUCUGUCACGCUCGCUGCAUGGAAAGGCCAACUCCGUCAUCACCAUGGUGAUCACAGCACGGGAUGGAGGCGGCCUCACAGCACCUGUCAAUGCCCGAGUGAACAUCAGCGUUGUGGCCGGCUCAGUGGCGCCUCCGGUGUUCGAGCAGGCGCAGUACUUCUUCACCGUGUCUGAAGACGUGCUCCGGGGUACUGAGGUCGGCGUAGUGAGGGCCAGCGGCAGAAAUGGAGCCUCUAAGGAUGUCACCUACACCAUCUCUGCUGGAGAUCCAGAUGGUUAUUUCAUGGUCGAUCCAGAAACUGGAGCGCUCAGAACAAGCCUUCCUCUGGACCACGAGUCAAGACCCUUUUUCGACUUGGAAAUUCAAGCGCGCAGCGGUUCCCCUCCAGCUUUUGGAGAGACUCGCGUUCGGGUCACCAUCGCAGAUGUGAACGAUAACGCCCCCGUGUUUUUCCCGUCAUCCUCUGAAUCUCUGCUCUUACCGGAAGCCACAAAAAUGGGUACUGUGGUGUACCGCGUGCAGGCGGAGGACCGCGACUCCGGUCCUAACGGACAGCUGAGCUUUGACCUGAUGUCAGCCGGAGGACAGCGCACAUUUGGUGUGGAGCGCAGCAGUGGGGAAAUCCGGCUGAUUGGGAGUCUGUCGUACGACACCGUACCACGUUAUGACCUUCAAGUGAUUGCAAAAGACAGCGGUGCGCCUCAGCUCAGCGCUACGUUCAGCUUGGUGGUCCACAUCCAGGCGGAGAACGACCAGGGUCCCGUGUUUGACACGAUGACCUACCGUGUGGAGCUGAAGGAGAACACGCCACUCAACACCAACUUCUUACAAGUCCGGGCUCUCAAUAGAGAUCCCAAUGGAAAUGGAGGAUCGUCCAAAGGCUCCACACCAACUUCCACGCUGGCAUACCGGCUCCGGCCUGAUGGGGAUGCGGCAGGUUUCGGGAUUGCGCCAGACAGCGGGUGGCUGUUUGUUAAGAGCGCUUUGGACCGUGAGGCUAAGGAUAUCUACUUGCUAACUGUGCUCGCCACUUCUGGAAGCGGUCAGACGGGGAAGACCGGCAGCGCGACGGUGAGAGUUUCCGUCACAGAUGAAAAUGAUAACUCCCCUCGUUUCUCUCAGGAGAGGGUGUUCUUGGCAGUGAGAGAGAACUUGCCUGCGGGAACUGGUUUCGGGAGGGUGUCUGCUACCGACCGCGACGCUGGUCUCAACAGCCGCCUUACAUACAGAUUGCUCCACACGGACCGCUACUUCCAAAUCAAUUCCCAGACAGGUGAAAUCAGUACAAGAGCAGCUCUGGACCGCGAGCAUCAGUCCAGUUAUCAGCUCAUCGUGGUGGUUCAGGACGGCGGUACCCCUCCACGUAGUGCCACCGGAACAGCCCAUAUUACGGUGCUGGAUGAGAACGACAACGCGCCAGCGUUCAGCCACACACAGCCUGGCAGGGAGAUUCUCAUUCAGGUUCAGGAGGGUCUUCCUGCCGGUUCUUUAUUAGGAACUCUACAUGCCAAAGAUCCAGAUGAGGGAGAGAACGGCACUAUUUUCUACUCUUUAUCAGGCUCCAGAGCGGAACGUUUCUCCUUGAACCCAAACACCGGAGAGCUGCGCUCCUCUUCCCCCCUGAGGCGAGCUGAAAAAGCAGAGUACAGCUUCACCGUCACUGCCACGGACCGUGGAGCUCCAUCUCAGAGCUCUUCAACCGCCUUACUUAUACAGGUCAUUGGCUCCACAAGAACUCCUCCAAAACCCAACACCCUCUCCAUGACCCUCAACUCAGUAGAGGGAGCCAAGCCAGGCUCUGUUAUUGGCUCAGUUAGAGCACAUGACCAUCAUGAAGUGACCUCAGGCGGUCAGGUGACCUACCUUGCAGUGGGAGGCACAGAUCAUGAAGGAACCUUUAUGGUUGACCGUCUCACAGGAGAUGUUUACUUGGCUCGAGAGCUGGAUUAUGAAAAAGGGUCACGGUAUACUCUACAAAUCGAGGUGGACGAUUUCUCCAAGGCUUAUCCAAGCACUCACAUGGUUCACUUGGAAAUCAGCGUGCAGGACAGUAAUGACCAUGCACCAGAGUUUCCAGAAGAUCCUGUUACUAUUGUUAUUCCUGAGAACAUACAAGCCGGUUUGUCUAUUUACACCUUCCAGGCGACUGAUAAAGAUGGCAGUGGACCCAACAGCGAGAUACGUUAUUCCAUCCAACAGCGGUGGCCUGACAUCCCAGACCUGUUUAGUCUCGAUCCUGUCACUGGAGUCUUAAAACUAGGCCGGGAGCUGGACCACGAGGAGACCUCCAGCUUGUUCCUGGUGGUCCAUGCCACGGAUUCAGCAUCGGACCCCAGUGAGCGACUCUGGGGGUCGGUGACGGCGCGAGUGUUCGUCACAGAUGAAAAUGACAACGCUCCCAUCUUCAGCUCCCCGACUGCUGUUAGUGUGAUGGAGGACCAGCCGGUGGGCUUUGUGCUGCUUUACGUCAUGGCCCGGGACGCGGACCAGGGUGAAAACGGUCGAGUGUCCUAUCGGAUCCAGUCAGGAAACACAGCGGGGCAGUUCGGCCUCAGCCCGAACAGUGGCUCUCUCUCCAUCCUCAAACCUCUGGAUCGUGAGGAACAGGAGAGCUACAACCUCACCAUUGUCGCUGAGGAUCAUGGGAUACCCCAGCAUUCCACCACUCAGGUUCUGUCUAUCCAGGUGAUUGACGUGAACGAUGAAGCACCGUGGUUUGAACGCAGCGAGUUCGAAGCCCAAAUCAGAGAGAACCAGCCAGCAGGAACGAGCAUACUGAAAGUCUCCGCCUCAGACCGGGAUCACGGAACUAAUGGCUUGGUGAUUUACGGUGGUGUGACUGAGGAUGGAUUCACUAUUAAUCCAGAGACGGGUGUGAUAUCAGUCACUCAGGUUCUGGAUAGGGAACUUCAGGACCACUACACUAUAACAGUGUAUGCAAAAGAUGGAGGCGUACCCCCCAACUUUGCCAAGGCUAAAGUGCACAUCACAGUGCUGGAUGAGAAUGAUAAUGCUCCCGCUUUCGGGCGGCAGCAUUACAGUCUGGAGGUGCCUGAGAACCAGGAGCCCGUGGAGCUGUUCACCCUCAAAGCCACAGACCUGGACACUGGAGAGAGUGGACGCCUGCAAUAUAAGAUCUCUGCUGGCGAUCCAGAUGGUGACUUUCGACUUGAUGGUUUCUCUGGAGCUCUGUGUACCUCAAGACCUCUGGACAGAGAGCGGAAGAACAGUUAUUCCUUAGAAGUGGUGGUUCAAGAUCACGGGAGCCCGUCUCUGAGCAGCACAGCCACUGUGGAGAUCUCAGUCCUUGAUGUAAACGACAACAGCCCUAAGUUUGGCAGCAGUAGCUACACCGUCGAUGUCUCAGAAGAUGCUGCUGUAGGUUUUGUGGUGUUGGAUGCGACAGCCACAGAUGUGGAUGAGGGCGAAAAUGGUCAGAUCUUAUACUUCCUUAGCCAAGAGGCCAAAGGUGCAUUCACAGUACAUCCAGACACAGGACAAGUUACAACCGCAGCACUUCUGGACCGAGAGAAAAGAGCUUCUUACAUCUUCCAAGUUUAUGCGGUUGACCUGUCACCUGCCGCUCCCCGCAACACCACAGCCCAGGUGACCGUCCACAUCUUGGACGUCAACGACAAUGCACCAUUCUUCAUCCAGGACCCACUGAUUAUCAAUGUUUCCAGUAGAAGUGUGUCUACGCAUCAGGUGGUGGCCACCAUGAGAGCAGAAGAUAAGGACUUUGGGGCCAACGGGUCGGUGUUUUACCGGUUCGCAAUGCCAGUCAGAGGAUUUGCUAUUAACUCACUAACAGGGGAGAUUCAGACCACUGAGAAGCUCCAGACCCUGACGCAAACCCAACGCACCCUCAUAGUAGAGGCGAUGGACCAGGGCAGUCCUCCCCAGUCUUCUCUAGGGGUGGUGAUUGUUUAUGUGAAGGAGCAAGAUUACAAGGGCAUUAGAUUCUCUCGCACAGCCAGAGAUGUGAGCAUACAGGAGAAUGCAGCUAAAGGCACCGCGGUCGCCCAGGCUCAGGCUCAGCACCCUGACGGCACUCGUGACGGCAUCACAUACAGCAUCUUCAGCGGGAACAAAUACCAUUCCUUCAGCAUCAGCUCAAGUACAGGUGAAAUCUGGGUACAGAGCUCAAAUGGCCUGGAUUUUGAGGACACACCAAGACUCCGUCUAGUGGUGAAGGCUGAAACUACAUCCUCAAGCUCCUUCAUGGCUGUCAACCUGAUUCUUCAGGAUGUCAAUGACAAUCUACCCCGAUUCCAGCUGCAGAACUAUGUGGCUUAUAUGCGUGAAGCACAAGGCUAUGACUUUCCCAUCAUUCAGGUUGUGGCAGAAGAUGUUGACCAGGGUCAAAAUGGUCAGGUGACUUACUCCAUUGAGUCUUCGAGUCAAAGCGGCCUUUUCAAGAUCGACCCUUUGACCGGCAGCAUCACAACCACGGCCAUUAUGGACAGAGAAAUCUGGACACAAGCACGGCUGGUGAUAAAAGCCACUGAUCGUGGCAUUCCCAAACUAGUAGGCACUGCCACCAUCACAGUGAUUAUUGUCGACCUCAAUGACAACAGUCCCACCAUCCCAGUGCCACGAGAAGUUAGAGUUCCAGAGAACUCUUUUAUCGGCACUGAGAUCACCCUGGUUACUGGAAAUGAUGUGGAUUCUGGCCCAGUGCUCUCUUACUCUUUGCAGCUGGAUGCUUCCUCACAGGGAAAAUUUGAUAUCCAUCGUUACAACGGCCGUGUGUCUCUGACAGCACCACUAGACUUUGAGGAAAGGACGUGGUACACGUUGACUAUUCGCGCUUCAGAUUCGAAGCACCAGAGUGAAGCCAAUUUGACUGUGUUGGUGGAGGACAUAAAUGAUAACGCACCUACUUUUACACAAGAUCUAUAUCAGGUAACACUUCCAGAACAUUCUCCAUCAGGCAGUCCUGUUAUCACAGUAACAGCAACAGAUCGAGAUUCAGGAGCAAAUGGAAAGGUCACCUAUCGAGUGGUGUCAUCAACGAGGGACGGGUUUUACAUUGAUCCUAAAAAUGGUACACUUUUCAUCAGACAGAAAGCAGAAUUUGACCCGGAGCAGCCUUCUGUGAGUGUAGUCAUCGAAGCUCGUGAUGGGGGGUCUCCACCUCUGUCAUCUUCUGCAACAGUCCAAGUUCAGCUGAUAGACGUCAAUGAUAAUGCCCCCAUAUUCCACCAACUGGAGUACAAAGCCACAGUGUCUGAGGACCAGUUACCUGGAGCCACCAUCCUCACAUUAGAGGCAGUAGAUGGAGACCUAUCUCAGGAAAACUCUGGUUUUGAUUUCGCAAUUGCCAGUGGGAAUGUUGGAAAUGCUUUCCAGAUUGAGAGUAGCGUUCGUUUCAUAGAGGGACACGGCUUCCAGACCGUAGGAACCCUGAUUCUGGCGGAGCGACUGGAUUUUGAGGCACUGUCACGUUAUAACCUCACCAUUGCAGUCUCGGAUCGUGGUGUUCCCCAACGUAGCUCUAGUGUACCAGCCAUCAUCACAGUUACUGAUGUAAACGACAACCCUCCGGUCUUCAGCAGAGCAGAGUACAUAGUGUCUUUGAGUGAAGGGGCAGCUGCUGGUACAGAAAUCUUACGUGUGACCGCAACUGAUCCUGAUUCAGCUCCCUAUGCUGAGGUCAAGUACAGCAUCAGCUCAGGAGAUGAGAUGAAACUCUUCUCUAUGGAUCAGUUGACUGGGGCUCUGAGGCUUCAAAGGCCUUUGGACAGAGAGAGCCGAACUUCUCAUGUGGUUAUAGUACAAGCCUCAGAUAGCCAUGGUCAUUUUGCCUUGGCUCCUAUAAGUGUGGAUGUAAAGGACAUCAAUGAUAACAGACCUUACUUUCCUAUUGCAACAUUAACAGCUAGUAUCCGUGAGAAUAAGCCACCCAACUCUGCUGUGACUGUGUUACAUGCAAUCGAUUAUGAUACAGGAGUUUAUGGACAGCUGAAGUAUUAUUUGAUGGACCACUCUGGCCUAGGAAAAGACCUGUUCUUGGUGGAUUCAAACUCGGGAGAAGUUCGUACUAGGCAGAUAUUUGAUUUCGAGAAGGUAAAUUCAUUUAACUUCAUCGCUUUGGCAGUGGAUGCAGGCAACAACUCGGCUACUGUCACAGUGCAGGUCUAUGUAACAGGAGAGGACGAGUAUGACCCAGUUUUCACCACUUCUGACUUGUCUUUUGAGGUACCAGAAGGAGCCAAGAAAGGUCAGAGCAUUGGGCAAGUACAGGCCAAAGAUGAGGAUGGUGGGGUGGAUGGGAUUGUACUCUACUCCUUCCCCAAUUCCUCUCCUUAUUUCGAUGUGAAUAAGACCACAGGUGAAAUCUACCUAAAGAUGGACGGCUCUGGCAGCUCAAGUGGAGGGAGUCGCUCGAAAAGGGAAACCCGCUUAAUGACUAUGGAUGUGAUUGCUCACAGCCCUCUUGACACCUCAAGAGUAGCUUCUGCUCAGGUCACCAUUGACGUCACUAACACAUCCUUCGGUCUUGCAACAGACUUCAACAUCCUCCUUGUGAGCAUAAUCGCUGCCUCUCUUGGAGUAAUAGUCUUGUUAGUCAUAAUUGCUGUGGCGCUUUAUCUAGUAAGAUCAAAGCGCAAGAAGAAAGGACAAGACACUGGGAAUAGUACCGCAUCUUCAGGCACAGCUUUGCAGAAGUUGGAUGAGUCUAAACCCGCAGGGAGCGACAGGAUCUAUCAUCAGGCGCUUCCUGGAUAUGCAGGUGAUGAGGAAGGAACUGGUGGAGGCCCUUACACUCGAGGAGGAUCACUAGAUCCUUCCCACUCCAGUGGGCGGGGAUCUGCCGAAGCAGCGGAAGAUGACGAAAUCCGCAUGAUCAAUGAGUACCCAAGAGUUGCAAGUAUCACCUCCUCCAUGCAAGAGCACAUCUCCGCCAGAGGCCCUGAUUCAGGCAUCCAACAGGAUGCGGACCAACUCUCAGAUAUUUCUUGCGAACCAGGACCACUUGAUGCAAGCCAGUGGUUCAAAACGAAGAAACUUGGGAGCAUCAGUGGGAGCCUCAGUGGCACCCUACUCUCUGGUCAGCUUCCAGUCUACAGAGACGAAGGUGGGGGCUACCUUGGAGUAGGUCGUGGGUUAAAUAUUUCCCACCCGAAGGAUUACGCUUUCCCUGAGGAUGGCAAACCCUCAGUCGAUGGCUCCCUCACAGCCAUAGUGGCGAGUGACGAGGAACUACGAGGCAGCUACAACUGGGACUACCUUCUCAACUGGUGCCCUCAGUUCCAACCCUUAGCCAGUGUCUUUACAGAAAUCGCCAGGUUGAAAGAUGAGAGCUUACCUCCGAACAAUCCACGCAGACCCUUCCAACCCAAAGUUAAGACAGAUCCCAAGCCAAGAAUUGACCCGCCACCCCUCAUUACCUCAGUGGCUCAUCCAGGAGCCAAAUCUGUCCCACCUAAACCUGCCAUAGCACGGACGUUCCAUCAUUUAGCAUCUCUAAGGCGUUCACCUAUAAGCCACGAGGGCUCCAUCUCCUCAGCAGCUAUGUCUCCCAGUUUCUCCCCUUCACUUUCCCCGCUUGCCGCACGGUCCCCAGCUGUCUCCCCAUUCGGUGUCACUCAAGGUCCCUCAGCCUCUGUCAUCAGCACUACAGAGCACUCUUUGGAGCACAGUGAUGAGGCUGAGAUGAGGAUUUAAUGCUACAUCGGACUCCAUUAUGUCUUUUGAUAAGACAUAUUAGUCGCUCUUAGCAAUGUUGCAUACCUGAAAAGGCAGUCGCUCGGCCAUGACAGUGACGCAGGUGUCUAGUAACCGAAAGGGUAAAAACAUUGUGCGCCGACGUUACCCUUCUUCAAAGCCACCGCAGUGUUGAUGUGAAGAGAUGUGUGUUGCUUUGUUUUGUCUCACUGGCUGGCCAGGGAGGCGAGAUGUUGACUGCUACUUUUGUUUGUUUCUUUUUAUAUUGAUGACAGCUUUGAAACUACAGUGUUAUGUUAAGUCCAUCCAAAAUAGCUGCUAUCGUCAUACUUUGUAUACCGCAAUGAGAACUCUGUAGAAACUCAAACUGAUGUCAUUAUGUAUGUUUGUUUAUGACUGGGAGAUGUUUUUUUUCUUUCGUUUUUUUUUACAGUGCUACUUGGUUUUAUUUACGUUUUGUUUUUUUAAAUGAAGGACUUGCCAUUGCUUUGAGUGAAGUUCUUACAUUUUAGUGACAUUCUUUGUAUGUAUAUUUAUAUGCUAGCCAUAAUAAGUGUAUUAUCAUUGUAUAGUGUCUAGGAUCACCAUACUGUGCGGUUGUGAAAUUUUGUGACACUUGUAAUGUGAAUGAUUGGAAGAUUGUUGUAUUUUAUUAUUUAUAAACAGAAAGGCUGAAAGUGUUGAAACGUCCCAUGUUGCAUAGUGUUGUAUUAUAGGCUUUUUGAACUUGUAUUGUCCCUUGCCCUUUGAACUAGAUUGUUAGCAUCUUAGCUAAUUUAUUGUAAAAAGAAAAGAAAAGGAAAAAAAAAGACAGGGCCAUACUUUUUUCGGCUCACCUGGACCUUUCGGGAAGUUGGUGGAACCUCAAAGACUCUUCUGUGUGUAAAUAUUUUCUUACAAAACAGCAGCUCUCUCACACUGUUUCUGUGCUGCUUUUUCUGACAAUAAAAACGUUUUGUAAUGUCUGCGUAACUAAUCAUUGGUAAAUUUAGCCCGUCAUCUGGGAUGCAGUUUAUUUACCUUUCAGGAUGAAGUGAAUAACAAGGAAAUGGACCUUCUUUUCUAAAGGCAGUGAAUGUUUUCUGGUUUGAGAAGAAACUUCAGAAGUGCCCUGCAUUUUUUUUUUUUAAU